GUGUGUGAGAGUUUUCACUUGAUGUGGUUUGUCGGCGGGUCAGCACACACAGCUCACUGGCCGUGUUGGUUCUUAGCUCCUAUUUCUUUGCCUCUGACUCUUCUUCUGACUCGUCCUCUUCAGGAUGGAUCAGCACGGCAGGAGCCGAGCUCAGCGUCGCUAUGACGACGACGACGACGAUGACGACGUCCAGCCCUUCUACAUCGGCGUUCCCGUGUCCCACAGGAGGAAGAGACGGCGCCACCACUCGCACAACCACGACGGCGAGCGCGGCUCCCGCCACUCGCACUACGAGCACCACGACCACCACGAGUACACCCGCCGAGGAUUCUACCACGAAAGCGACGAGCACGACGGCGAAGACUGCGCUCGACUCCCGGAGCGCGCCGACCCCUCGGUGUCACCGGCGGCCGAGAGACUGCGUCACAUCCUGGCGGAGGACGAAGGCGGGCCGACGCCCACCAUCUUCACCGAGAUGGACACACUGCAGCAGGAGGGCGGCGAGCUGGAGUGGAAGGAGUCGGCCAGGUGGGUGAAGUUUGAGGAGAAGGUGGAGGAAGGCGGCGAGCGGUGGAGCAAGCCUCACGUGUCCACGCUGACGCUGCACAGCCUCUUUGAGCUGCGGACAUGUCUCCAGACGGGAAGCAUCCUGCUGGACUUGGACGCCUUCUCGCUGCCGCACAUCGUGGACGAGAUCGUGGAGCGACAGAUCGCCGACGGCCUGGUCUCGGAGGACGUGAAGGAGAAGAUCAGCUUCGUGUUGCUACGGAGACAUCGCCAUCAGACCAAGAAGCCCAUCCACCGCUCGCUGGCCGACAUCGGGAAGUCCUCCGCCGUCGCCGCCCCUAACCGUAGUCCUCAGGUGACGCUGAGCCGUAGCACUAGUUCCACUUCCGCCAUCCAUCGAUCCACUGACGACCUGCGCUCGCGACACGCCAGCAGCCUGGGACGCCUGCAUCACGCGCAGAGUCGCAGCAUGACCGACAUUUCUGACACACCCAGCUCAGACCAGCUGAAGAACAAAUUCAUGAAGAAGAUUCCUCGCGAUGCCGAGGCGUCCAACGUGCUGAUUGGCGAGGUGGACUUCCUGGACAAACCCUUCGUCUCCUUCGUGCGUCUGGCUCAGGCCACCACUCUGGGCGGCCUCACGGAGGUCCCGGUGCCGACCAGGUUCCUCUUCAUCCUGCUGGGUCCUCACGGCAAGACCAAGUCCUACAACGAGAUUGGGCGGGCCAUCGCCACACUCAUGGUGGACGACCUGUUCAGCGACGUGGCGUACAAAGCCAGGGACCGCGAGGACCUGAUCGCAGGCGUGGACGAGUUCCUGGACGAGGUGAUAGUCCUCCCCCCAGGAGAAUGGGACCCCAAAAUCCGCAUCGAGCCCCCCAAGAAGGUUCCGUCAGCUGAGAUGAGGAAGUCUGUGCUGAACCUGAACGAGCUGGGCCAGAUGAACGGGGCGGCCGGGGGGGCGGCCGGCGGGGAAGACGAGGAGCUUCCGGCCCCACACGAGCUGGGAGAGGAGCUGAAGUUCACCGGGAGGCUGGGCGGUGGCUUGUGGCUGGACAUCAAGAGGAAGAUUCCGUGGUACUGCAGCGACGUCUACGAUGGCUUCCAUAUCCAGACCAUCUCCGCCGUGCUCUUCAUCUACUUGGGCUGCAUCACCAACGCCAUCACCUUUGGCGGCCUGCUGGGGGACGCCACCGACAACUACCAGGGUGUGAUGGAGAGCUUCUUGGGGACGGCUUUGGCGGGAACCGUCUUCUGCUUGUUUGGCGGUCAGCCUCUCAUCAUCCUCAGCUCCACGGGUCCCAUCCUCAUCUUUGAGAAGCUUCUCUACGAGUUCAGCAAGAACAACGGCGUGGACUACAUGGAGCUGCGUCUGUGGAUCGGCAUCCACGCGUGUCUGCAGUGCUUCAUGUUGGUGCUGUGUGACGCCAGCUACAUCAUUAAGUACAUGACCCGCUUCACCGAGGAGGGCUUCUCCAGCCUCAUCUCCUUCAUCUUCAUCUCGGACGCCAUCAAGAAGAUGGUGGGAUCUUUCAAGUAUUACCCCAUCAACCGCGGCUUCAAGCCCGACUUCAUCACGUCCUACAAGUGUGACUGCGUCCCUCCUGACCAGGCGCCGCUCGCUGACGACAACAUGACGCUGCUGUUCAACCUGAGCGACCUGGACUGGAGUCAGCUGAGCAAGAAGGAGUGCGUCAAGUACGGCGGCGCCCUGGUGGGCAAGGCCUGUAAGUACGUCCCCGACCUGGCCCUCAUGUCCUUCAUCCUCUUCUUCGGCACCUACUCCAUGACUGUGUCCCUCAAGAAGUUCAAGUUCAGCCGCUACUUUCCGACAAAGCUCCGUAAGCUGGUCAGCGAUUUCUCCAUCAUCAUUUCCAUCCUGGUCUUCUGCGGGUUGGACGCCCUGCUGGACCUGGACACCCCCAAACUGCACGUCCCCACUGAGAUAAAGCUAAGGAAGCUAAUCAGUGAUUUUGCCAUCUUCAUGUCCAUCAUGUCCUUUGUGGGUCUGGACAUGUUGGUGGGUUUAGACACGCCCAAACUAAUCGUUCCUACUGAGUUGAAGCCCACGCGUUCUGACCGCGGGUGGUUGGUGAUGCCGUUCGGGAAGAACCCGUGGUGGUGGCACCUGGCCAGCUUCGUCCCCGCCCUGCUGGUCACCAUCCUCAUCUUCAUGGACCAGCAGAUCAGCGCCGUCAUCGUCAACCGCAAGGAGAACAAGCUUAAGAAGGGUUGCGGCUACCACCUGGACCUCUUCUGGGUGGGCAUCCUGAUGGCGGUGUGCUCCUUCAUGGGUCUUCCGUGGUACGUGGCCGCCACCGUCAUCUCCAUCGCCCACAUUGACUCGCUCAAGAUGGAGAGCGAGUCCAGCGCCCCCGGAGAGCAGCCCCAGUUCCUCGGGGUCCGCGAGCAGAGACUGACCGGGACGCUCGUCUUUGUUCUGACCGGACUCUCCGUCUUCCUCGCCCCCAUCCUUCAGUACAUCCCCAUGCCCGUCCUCUAUGGCGUCUUCCUGUACAUGGGCGUGGCCUCACUCAGCGGCAUCCAGUUCUGGGAGCGUAUCAAGUUGUACAUGAUGGCUCCAAAACACCAACCAGACUUUGCCUUCCUGCGUCACGUCCCCCUGAGACGCGUCCACCUCUUCACUCUUGUCCAGAUCACCUGUCUGGCCGUCCUCUGGGUCCUAAAGUCCACCUUUCUCGCCAUCAUCUUCCCUGUCAUGAUCCUGGGUCUGAUGGUGGUGCGGAAGCUUCUGGACCUGAUGUUCUCUCAGCACGACCUGGCCUGGCUGGACGACAUCCUGCCUGACAAGGACAAGAAGAAGAGUGAGGACGACAAGAAGAAGAAGAAGAAGAAGAGCCCGGAGGCGGAGAGCGACGAGGAGGAGGCCGAGCGGUACUCAAUGUUGGCGUGCGAUCAGAACCAAGCGGACCGCAGAUACUGUGUGCUGAAGCUGCACGUUCCCUACAGCGACCUGAUGUUGUCCCCUGACUCCGCCUCGACGCCGCCCAAAGUGUCUCUUUUAUUUUGAAAUGUAACUUGUGUGCGUGCAUAUUUAUUAGCUGCUUCCUCUGUAGAGCGCCACCUGGUGUUGGAUCCGCAAUAACCGUGGUGGCGACCACGUCAUGAAAUAAAAAGUUGUCACUUUAGAACAAAAAUAACUUUGGACAAUCUUGGGCCAAUCAGAGAAGACGCCACGGCUACAGGAAGUUCUCUCCUCGAUGUGGUGAUUGGACUUUCUGCUCUUGUGAGCUCGUUAGCAUCGGAGGUGUUAACACAAUGUAUUCUGGUUGGUUGUUAGCCCACUGCUAAAUUUAACUUUUCUGUUGUAUCCGCAAUAACAGUGGCGACCACGUGAUGAAAUAAAAAGCUUUCUCUAGACCAAAAAUAACUGGACAAUCUUCGACCAGUCAGCGAUGACGUCAGGACUACAGGAAGUCGUCUCCUAGAUGUGGCUCGUGCGAGAAUGUUAGCAUCAGGACUUCCGGCAAGAUGGCGUUCAGGGCACAAGCAACUUUUUAAGUUCCGUUUGCUUGGUCCCAAGCUUUGAUUUAACUGUCCUCUUCAGACAAAAAUACUUUUGUAACUUCUUUAUUGACAGUUUUUCAACUUGCUGGAACAAAAGAAAGUGACGUAUGACGUAGGUUGCCCUCAUGGACAAAGAUUUUCCUCCGCUCAAAGCUAACGGUAAGGCCGGGAACCCACUAGCCUUUCAUACCCACACAGCAAAUGCAGAUACUACUCCAAUGGAUACCGCUAAACCAGGCAAAGCUAACGUCAGCAAAACCAAAGGAGCUGAUGCCGCUACUCCAAUGGACACAUGAAAACCAGGCACCAGAAGACCGAUAAACACCACGUCGAAAAAACUACCACCCGCUAAGACAAUGGAAACCGGACCCGAGCUCUCCUUGGCUGACGUCCUGGCAUCUAUUCGCAGCCUGGGAGACAAAGUAGAUGGCAUCGGAAAACAACCUAAAGAGAACUCUUGAGUUGCUUAUCAGCAUUGCGGGUGCAGGCAAGAAAGAAAACGGACGGAGUCGGCAGGUCAUGCAGUUCGUGACGAGACUUCACCGGGAUGCGGUCUGGAAGACAACGAAGGACUCUCAGGGGUCCGUUUCGUCCAAGACUUCACCAGAGAGGACAGGCUGGCUAGAGAACAACUACGGCCACAAAUAAAGCACGCUAGAGCCCAGGGUAAGAUCCACAUCGCAAUUAUUGAUGGGCGUGUAGCCACUGCACCAAAUAGUUUGAUCAUAAAGCAAGUUGAUGCUUUACAAGCUAUAAGUUCCUUAUAAUAAACAAGAGUUUUGUUUUCUACUUGUUCAAAUUGAGUGACAAAUUGUCACUCUCUCCCAAUUUCUGUUCAUUCUGACAUUUCAAUGAAUGUCUUUUAAUUAUGGAGAGUCUUUGUUCUAAGUUGAGAUAUUCACGUCUCUGAAUACAGAAAUAUUUGAGGACAUUGUCGACACUGUUUUUAGGGACCCGCCUAAAGUUUAAGUUCAGCUUCAAAAGCAAGCUUUUUGUUCUUUAAGGUUUUACACCUUAUUUUUUGUUUUUGAGUGAACGUGUGUGUGAACGAUAAUGUCUUUUCGGUGUCAUCUAAAACUGCUGCCAGUGAACGCUAGAGGUCUAAGAGAUAGUAUCGAGAGAAAGGCUUUAUUUCUAUUUUGCAAAAGCAGAAGCUCUUGAUGUAUCCUACUUCAGGAGACCCAUUCAAAUGAAACAAAUCAAUGCGGAGACGAAAUGAUUUUGUCACACGGUAGCCUACAUCAAGAUCAGCAGGUGUUGCAAUUUUACUCAAUAACCCAGCAGGGAAAGUAAUUGCUAACAAACGUAACAGUGGCCGAUAGUGUGGGUAAUGUGUGUGCUCCAAAUAGACAAUUACACACUCAUUUUAGCAAAUAUUCAUGGACACUGUAACACAGCACAAAACAGAAGCCUUCUUACUGAGAUUAAAGAAAUUAUUCUGCAAUUUAAAACGAAAUACGUAACUGAAAAUAGAAUACUGGGAGGGGACUGGAAUAUGGUUGAAGAUGAUUGGCGGGACAGACUUCCUCGCAGAUUUACAAAUCCUGCCCCUAAUGCUAUGCUAGCUGACUACCGUGAUUCACUAAACCUAGCAGAUACAUGGAGAGAAGAAUCAGAUGUAAUCACUGUCAUCCACACAGCCCUCACCUGGUCUCACAACACCCAACAAAUUCUGAAGACGUCCCAAAGGAGACUGUACUUCCUGAGAAGACUGAGGAAAUUUGGCAUGUCCACCACAAUCCUGAGUUGCUUCUACAGAUGCACUAUGGAAAGUGUCCUUACCGCCUCCAUCACUGUUUGGUACGGUAACUGUACAACACGUGAUAGGAAGGCACUCCAGCGGGUGAUCAAGACCUCACAGAACAUUGUUGGGGCAGCCCUCCCCUCACUGCAAGACAUUUAUAAAACUAGAGUCCUACGCAGAACACACAACCUCAUCAAGGACAGCACACAUCCACAACACUCAUUAUUCACACUCCUACCGUCAGGCAGACGCUACAGGAGUUUGAAGUCCAGGACCACAAGGCUGGCAAACAGCUUUUACCCACAGGCCAUCAGGCUUCUCAACGAAGCACUCACACACGCCGCACGCAACACACGCACACACUCAUAGAACUUUAUUUAUGUAUUUAUUUGUAUUAUUUAUUUGUAUUAAUGUGUCUUCUGUUGUUGUUGCUUAAUUUAUUGGUAUUUAUGUUUUGUUCUUUUUUCUUUUCAUUUUCUUGUGUUUUCUUUCUUUUCUUGGGAGAAUGAACAGAACAAGAAUUUCAUUGCAUAUCAGAACUGCCUGUUUUACUAUGCAUAUGACAAUAAAACUCUUGAAUCUUGAAUCUCCCAUCUUAUGGAUGACCAAGGCACCUGCUUAUCAUAUGAACACUUCUGUUCAGUUCAUAGUAUUCAUUGGAGAACAUCUGAAUUUCAUAAAGUACUCAAAGCAAUUCCUACACCAGUCAAACAACUUGUACAAAACAUUGAUUUGGAGAGUCUGCCCCCUCCUAAUUUACCAGUACUCUACAUCAAUGAACAAGAUAACACUCUAUAUCCAAUACGUUCAAACACCAACUCCAUGAUGCACAAGUUCUCUCAUGUAGAGGUUAAAACAUGGAGGAGCCAAUAUCUAACAUUCCCUGUACGGAAGUACCUUUUAAGACCUUGAAUGAGAUUGAUCCAUCCAGUGAAAUGCUAAGAGUAAUUCAUAUUGACCAUAACUACUGUAUUAUCUGGGACUCAGAGAUUGAAACCACGGACCAUCUUUUCUUUCACUGUAUUUACACAAACACAUUUUGGGAGGACUUUGAG